AUGCCACAGGGGCGAUUUUUAGCUCUGACCCCCCGCAGAGGGUUCACGAUAAUUGCAAUACUCUGUUUCCUAUCCCUCCUCUAUUUGUUAGCCUGUAGGCCACAGAGCAGUCGAAGGCAAGGAAGGACCCCUUCUCUUUUGACUGGUCCAGUGAAUGAGGAGGGAUAUCAAGCUAUGCUUCAGGAGCACACGGAAAAGCACCAGCACUACAUCAAUAGCUUGGCAAAGCAGAUAUCCCAACUGAAAGAGGCUCUUCAAGAGAGGAGCCAACAGCUACAAAAGACCCUGGAAAAAUCUGCCGUUGCAUUUCCCUUGGAGUUGGAGGAGCUUGGAGGAAAGAGCCACGCAGAUCUCGAGCAGUUCUUUCAAAAGCAGUUAAGCCAAGCAGAGGUUCUCUCUGGCGCUAAACUGUCAAGUGAGUAUGCUCUUGUGCCAUUCGAGAGCUUCACCCUCCAAAGAGUUUACCAGCUGGAGACGGGGCUUACCCGCUUCCCUGUAGAGAGGCCCGUGCGUAAGGAUCGCCGAGACGAGUUGAGCGAAACGUUAGACACGGCGUUACAGAUUCUCAACGCUCCACAGUAUAAAGACAGCCCUCAGGACCGAAGAGCGUACUCUCCAAGAGAUUUCAUUGAGGGAAUCUAUCGCAUGGAGAAGGACAAAGGGACCUUGUAUGAUCUCAUAUUUCGAGGUAACAGUUCUCAAGAUUUCAGAAGGCUGGUUUUCUUUCGUCCGUUUGGACCACUGAUGAAGGUUAAAAACGAGCUCGUUGACACAUCCAACAUGAUUAUAAACAUUAUUUUGCCACUGGCCAAGAGUGUGGACAAAUUCAGACAUUUCAUGCACAAUUUCAGAGAGGUCUGUAUUCGUCAGGAUGGAAGGGUUCACUUAACAGUAGUAUACUUUGGAACAGAGCAAAUGGAUGAUGUGAGGAAAGUUUUAGAUUCUACAGCAAGGAAGAUGCAUUACAGGAACUUCACACUGAUACACCUCAAUGAGGAAUUCUCUAGAGGUCGAGGUUUAGACGUGGGCGCCCGUGCUUGGAAGUGGGGCAACGCCCUUCUUUUCUUCUGUGAUGUAGAUGUGCGCUUUUCUGCGGAGUUCCUCGAUUCCUGCCGCUUGAAUACAGAACCCGGUAAAAGGGUAUUCUAUCCCGUGGUGUUCAGCCAAUAUAAUCCAGAUAUUAUUUAUAGUCAGCAAACAUCUAUUCCACCUGUUGAACAACAACUGGUAAUCAGAAAAGAUACAGGAUUCUGGAGAGAUUUUGGAUUUGGAUUGACAUGCCAGUACCGUUCAGAUUUCAUUAACAUAGGUGGUUUUGAUUUAAACAUGAAAGGAUGGGGCAGAGAAGACUUAUACCUCUAUAGAAAAUACCUGCACAGCAACCUCAUGGUGGUGCGCUCUCCCUCUCGUGGUCUCUUUCAUCUGUGGCACGAGAAGCAUUGCGCUGAUGAAUUAGCACCAGAGACAUUUAAAAUGUGCAUGGAGUCCAAAGCUAUGAAUGAGGCUUCACACAGCCAAAUGGGCAAGCUCUUCUCUCAGCAAGAAAUUGAGAAUCAUAAAAAACAACAAAAAACAAAAACAAAAACAAAA